UUUAACCUGGGAUCCGCAGAGCGUUCGGCAGUAGACAUCGAUCCGAUGGUCGCAAGAGCAGCUUUAUCUCAAGGCAGUCUGGGCUCCCGCACCCGCCAGUGCCUGUGAUUAACUCCGUGGCCCCGUCCUCCGAUUUCUGAGCGUUUUUGGGGAGCUCGAGCAGAAAUAAGGGAUUGGAGACGUAACCCCGGUGAAAUUUAUCUGGAUUUUCUUCAAAAUGAGGUGGAGCGCGGGCAGGGCCGGGAGCUCACUGUGGCAAGGGAGAUGCGGGCACUUGCAGGAGGUGCCAGAGGGUCCCCGGUGCAUCCGCAGGGAAGCUCCUGACUCCCCGGUGCAUCCUUGUCCCUUGCUGGGAAGGACCCUGUGACAUCUCCAGGCCUACGUCUCAGCUCUCUCCGAGCGGCAGCACCAUGCUGGAGGAUGAGGAUGGGAUGAGCGAGAGGGGGCUCAGCACCUCGAGGAGGAGAUACGACGAUGAGGAAGAUUACCACUCCAUCUACAUCGGGGUGCCGGUGCCCCGGGGGUACCGGAGGAAGCGGCGUCGGCGAAGAUCUGUCUCCAGCCGGGACAGGACGAGCGAGAGCGAGCGGCACUACGAGCGCCAGGAUCGCUCCGACACCGACGACGGCGGCCACGGCUGCUACGAGAGCGGCAACGACAAUGCCAGCAGGACCAUGUCACCGGCUGCCGAACGCCUCCGUUACAUCUUGGGGGAAGAUGAUGAGCCCCCCAACCCCACACUCUUCACGGAGAUGGACACGCUGCAGCACGACGGUGAGGAGAUGGAGUGGAAAGAGUCGGCCAGGUGGAUAAAGUUUGAAGAAAAGGUGGAGGAAGGCGGGGAGAGGUGGAGCAAGCCCCACGUGUCCACGUUGUCUUUGCACAGCCUGUUUGAGCUCCGGACGUGUCUACAGACGGGAACGGUGCUCCUGGACUUAGACGGCUACUCUUUGCCCCAGAUUAUAGAUGACGUCAUCGAGAAGCAGAUCGAGGACGGUCUGCUCAAGCCAGACCUGCGGGAUAAGAUAAGCUACGUGCUCCUCAGGAAGCACCGUCACCAAACCAAGAAGCCAAUCCACCGGUCCUUGGCCGACAUCGGCAAGUCCGUCUCCUCCAACACAACCCGCAGCCCCGUCCGGAGCCCGGGCACCGGCACCGCCUUCCACCGCUCCACCGAGGACCUGCGGAUGCGGCAGAGCGCCAGCUACGGCCGCCUGCGUCACGCGCAGAGUCGGAGCAUGAACGACAUCUCGGACACGCCGAGCACCGACCAGUUGAAGAACAAGUUCAUCAAGAAGAUCCCCAAGGACGCAGAGGCCUCCAAUGUGCUGGUGGGAGAAGUGGAGUUCCUGGAGAAGCCCUUCGUGGCUUUCGUGCGGCUCCUCCAGGCAACGAUGCUGGGAGGGGUGACAGAAGUGCCCGUCCCCACCAGGUUCCUCUUUAUUCUCCUUGGUCCCGUGGGAAAAGCCAAAUCCUACAACGAGAUCGGCAGAGCCAUUGCGACUCUCAUGGUGGAUGACCUCUUCAGCGACGUUGCCUACAAAGCCCGGAAUAGAGAAGACCUGAUUGCUGGCAUAGAUGAGUUCCUGGAUGAAGUCAUCGUCCUGCCGCCUGGCGAGUGGGACCCCAACAUUAGGAUCGAGCCACCCAAAAAAGUGCCCUCGGCUGAGAAAAGGAAAUCCAUUUUCUCGCUGAACGAAGUGGGGCAGAUGAACGGCAUGGCCGGCGGGGCGGGCGCCGGGGGCGGUGGAGGAGGCAGCGACGAUGGGGACAUGCCCGAAACUCAUGACAUCGGGGAAGAGCUUGCGUGGACCGGCAGGUUUUGUGGUGGCCUCUAUUUGGAUGUCAAGAGAAAGCUGCCCUGGUUCCUGAGCGACUUCUAUGAAGGUUUCCAUAUCCAGUCCAUCUCUGCCAUCUUGUUCAUCUACCUGGGCUGCAUCACCAACGCCAUCACGUUCGGGGGCUUGCUUGGGGACGCUACAGACAACUACCAGGGCGUCAUGGAGAGCUUCCUCGGCACGGCCAUGGCAGGCUCCAUGUUUUGCCUCUUUGCUGGGCAGCCGCUCAUCAUCCUCAGCAGCACCGGCCCCAUCCUCAUCUUCGAGAAGCUGCUCUUUGACUUCAGCAAAGGCAACGGCAUCGACUACAUGGAGUUUCGCCUCUGGAUCGGCUUGCACUCUGCCGUACAGUGCCUUAUCCUGGUGGCCACUGAUGCCAGCUUCAUUAUAAAGUACAUCACGCGCUUCACAGAGGAAGGCUUCUCCACCCUCAUCAGCUUCAUCUUCAUCUACGAUGCCAUCAAGAAGAUGAUCGGAGCCUUUAAGUACUAUCCCAUCAAUUCGGACUUCAAGCCAGACUACGUGACCAUGUACAAGUGCGAGUGCGUCGCUCCCGACCCAGGUGAGUACACAUCUUUUUCGGUGCCAGAUGGGGAAGAUGAAGAGGGUGGGGGGUUCCCGCUGUGGAUAAAUCCCACUGGAUCGUUGGCUAAGGACAUGGAAGGAGGCAGCUACCUGGUCAGAGUGGAGUGGAGAGACCUCGUCCUCCUCUGAGGGUGAUUUUGGGCAAGAGGAAAGUAGAUCCUUGUCCCCGGUGGAUGAACACAUCGGUGCUUGCCAGAACACGGCGAUGGCGCUGGAGAGCCGGGGCCUCAGCCUGGAGCAGCCAGACCUGGAUGGACAAAAAGGAAAUAUGAAGAAAAAAGAAAAAAAAAAAAGACAUUUUAGAUCAUUAAUUCCAGCCUACUGCCAAUGGAACCUUGCUCUCCAGAAAAUAUACACCAGAGGGGUUUUGUCCUCUCCAGUAUCUCUGGGAUGUCCCAGUGGGGUGUGGAAACCUCCUUGGAACUGUUUUUCUCCUCUUUCUUACUCCUUUUCAAAGAGGAGAGGCCAUCGGGCUCCGAGCAGACAGUCUUUUGACGACUUCCCCGGUUUUGCUCGUGGAUAGACGUACCAGGUGAUCCCCGGUCUGAACUGUGCCGCUCGGAUGUUCCCGUGGCCACCUGGAAGGGGGUGGAGAUCUACGCUUUGGGCUCAUGGCACUGACCACCUGCUCUCAGACAAGCGAAAUUUACUGAAAAAGUCUAAACGCUAACGGUUUGGGGAAUUACCAGCUGCAGCCGGAGGAGGCAGAGGGGUGUGACGGUGAAGCUCUCCCCAGAAAUGAAAGCAUCCAAGACGCGCCACACCACGUGUUCCCAACGCACCUGCCAUUGCAAGGCGAGAUCUUCCCUGCCGCCAUGGCAAUAGCACUUACUUGGUUUCAUUCUGUAUUUUCCCUCGGUUUCUGUUUAUCAGCUCCCCGAUCCCGCUGGGUUUUGAAAGCCCUGCGUGCAGUGGGGAGCAGCCGGAGACGACGGAAUCCUUUCCCGACCAAAACCCUCCCAAAUUUACCCUGCAGGAAGGCGAAGCCUGAUGCCCGGCGGGUCCCGAAGGGGACCGUGACCUCCAUCCACCCGCGUGUGCCAGCACCUGCCCGGCAGCACCCGCCGCCGCGGCCUAACACAGGAGGGAGGCGAAGCCUUUAGGCUCCGGGGAGGUCUCCCCCUUUUCCAAACCCCCCCAUCCCAAGCAAACCCCAGGCAGCCAAGAGGCUUUUGCACCCCAAAAACCUUAAACCACUUUGCAACCCAUAAAAUGUUUUUAGUUCCUCUCCCUCGCUGCCCCGGGCACCCUUGGCAGCGGUGCCCACAUUGGAUUUUCCAUUCCUCUAGAUACUGAGAAAAUAUGUUUACUCCCCACUACAUCCUUUUUUU